AAGACCAGGACGCCUUGACCGGGUUGAGGUGGCGUGGAGGUAUACACAGCAGUUCAUCGCAUUGUACACUCAGGGUCUGUGUGUACUUCACUCUAGCUAAAUUUAACCUCACUUUUUAAAAUUAAUUUGAUAAAGUAACAGGAUAAAUAGAAUUUUAGAAAGCGAGAGGGAGGGAAGCAUUUUAGGCAAGGGUAACUACAGAGGCAAAGAUGCAAAGAAGAUGAAAGAUUAUGGCCCUUUCCUGGUAGUAAAUCAGAUUAAAGGUAGAAGCAUAGGGCAAUAUGGAACAUCUAGGCUACUCUUACCUAUUCGCAGAGGGAGCCUCACAGGCUACCUCGGAAUUCCCCUCUCUCCCACCGCACGCCCCAAUUUACUCAGGUGUCUGGGAUGAAUUCUAAGUUAAUGCUCUUUCCACUGGAUCACACUUACUUGACCAAAGUCACUUGAAGAGGCAAUAAUGAUACUGUGUUACAGACGAUUUGCGAAAUGAGUGCCUCUGACGAUGACGACAUUCCCCGGCUGUCUUCCCACACCUUAGCGGCCCUCCAGGAAUUUUAUUCUGAGCAGAAGCAACAAAGCGACCCAGGCGGGGAUGAUAAAUAUAAUAUUGGAAUAAUAGAAGAGAACUGGCAGUUGAGCCAGUUUUGGUACAGUCAGGAAACCGCUUUGCGACUCGCGGAGGAAGCCAUUGCAGCCGCUGGAGACCGUGGCCGAAUAGCUUGUGUGAGUGCCCCCAGUGUUUACCAGAAACUGAGAGAGCUACACAGAGAAGACUUUUCUAUAUACAUCUUUGAAUACGACAAAAGAUUUGCUAUAUACGGAGAGGAGUUUAUCUUCUAUGAUUACAACAAUCCAUUGGAUUUACCUGAAAAAAUUGCUGCACACAGUUUUGACAUCGUAAUAGCAGAUCCCCCCUAUCUCUCCAAGGAAUGUCUCAGAAAAACUUCAGAAACCAUCAAGUAUCUGACCCAGGGCAAGAUUCUGCUGUGCACAGGUGCUGUCAUGGAAGAAGAGGCAGAGAAACUUCUUGGCGUGAAGAUGUGCAAGUUUAUUCCCACACACACCCGGACCUUGGGGAAUGAGUUUCGCUGUUACGUGAAUUAUGAUUGCGGGCUGGACCGUGAAAUCUCAGUGUAGAUAGUUCUGUAACACGGUGAAGGGCCCUGUGUGACACUCCCCUCUCACUAGUUCCUUGGUAGACUGAAAGCUGUAACCUCCUCCCCUCCCCUGCAGAAUGGGGUUAGCCCUGGCCUGAUUUUCCAGGUAAAAACACAGCGUCUCAUAUGCCGUCCUUGUCGCCGGGGUCUCCGGAGCUCCGGGUGCUUUUGCCCUCUGGAGGCUGUGGAGCUGUAGUGGGAAGGAGCCUCAGAACCUGCCUACAGUCUGCUCUCCUCACCUAACAACAGGCAGGGACCCAAGUGUAGUCCGCUCAGUGGCUUGGCUAAGGCCUGGAUUAGGACCCAGGCCUCUGCUGCAGGCCGUCUGCCCCCUUCAAACAGGCCCGUCCGGCUCUGCCCGAGGGGCGGCUGGUUCUUCGCAGCAGCUUUCCUGGGGCGUCACAGGACUGGCGAAGGGCCGCCAUCCGCUCCGCGCCUGCCCGCCCCAGCUUCCCUCCCCGAAAGAAGUGGGUAAUUCUUGGAGCUAGUAUGAAUUUAGAAAUCCUUGGAACUAGAGCCUUCUGGGAUUUUCCCUCCUCGUCCCGACUCACGGAGGGAGGACAGGAACAGCGCAGGUGGCAGACGCUCAGCCCCCACGCACCCUCGGCUAAAGCCGCAUGAGCGGCGGCUCCAGGCCGCCCGAGAAACCGGAAGUGCCGCCCGCAAACCAAACGCUACGGCAAAACGGAGGUGAGAAGUCCGCUGGCCUCUGUCCCAGUUCAGAAACUGUUCCCCGUGCGUCCGCAUCGUAGAACAUUCCUCUUCUGCAAUCCAAGGAUGAUUUGCUGACACCUGGAACUUGGGUGGAUUCCAGGGGCCUGUGCCAAGUGAAAAAAUCCAGUCCCCAAAGGAAACCCAUUGUGUUUCCACUUAGAUAACAACAUUCCUGAAUGGAGGACGGAGUGGUGGUUGGCAGGGGUAAGAUGGGGGGUCGGGGGAUGGGCGUGACCCUGAACCCUUUUGCGUCUUGACUGUGCAGUGGUCGCACAGAACCCCGCAGAUGGUGUCCCACGCAACACGCGCAUGCGCACCACUGGGAACUGCAGAGUAAGGUCUGUGGGCGGCACCGGUGCCCGGCCCCCGGCCCCCGGCCGUGACCUGCGCUUAUGGAAGAUGUUACCGCCGCGGAGAACUGGGAAAGGGACGCACGAGACCGCUCUGGAGUAAGUAAGUUUGCAAUUUCUUCUGCAUCUAGAAUAAUUUCAAAGUAAAAAAAACAUAAUUAACCCCUCUGGGAAAGGAAUAACACUUUCCCACCUCACGCGAGUCGCUUUGCUAUCAAAACGUGACAGGAAGUGAUGUGUGUCACUGGCGAGCAGAGCUGUAUUUUUCUCUGACGUGAUCAGCAGUUUUCCAGGCAGAAGCGCUCGGUCUCCCGGAGUGGCGCGGUGGACCCGCAGCUGACCAGCAGGGAGAGAGAGAGAGAAACGUUUGCUCUCGAAAACCAGAGAGCGUGGGGAUGGUUCCUCACUGCGGCGACCCCCGGCCUGUCCUGGACAGCCUCGUGCCCGGCGCCAGUGCUCAGGAAAUAUGGGGGCCUUGCUCUGGCCUGUUACGGGUCACUCCUCUGUUGUCCUCCUGUGGGAUCAUUUUAAUUUACUUUUUAAAAAAUCACUUGGUAUUUUUAUGAGACAUUUAUAUUUUUAUCCGUGUUAGCACCUGGCACAUGUGAAGUAUUCAGUAAAUGAUCUUUAAAAAAUAA